AUGUUUAUUUGCACCUCCUUCAAUUCCAACGGCCUCGCGCUCCAUUCUUCAAAAACCCACACCUUCAAAAGGGUAUUCACAUCUCAAUCGAUCAACAAAACCUCAACCCCUUACCCAAUUCCUUUCCCUUCUCUCCAUUCAUCCAAACCCUUGAAAUCCAAUGUAAAAAGAUUCAAACUUGUUGCAUCCUCAGCCGCCCCUGAAAACCCCCAAAUCUCGUACAGAAGCAAAAACCCUAAAGACAUCAACGUUUUGGUGGUGGGCUCCACCGGCUACAUCGGGAAAUUCGUGGUGAAAGAGCUGGUCAAGAGAGGGUUCAGCGUGAUAGCCAUUGCAAGAGAAAAAAGCGGCAUACGCGGUAAGAACAACAGCGCAGAUACCGUCGGAGUAUUAAAGGGAGCAAAUGUCUGCUUUUCGGAUGUCACCAAUUUAGAGUCUUUAGUAAAUAGCAUCCAAACCCUUGGAACUUCCAUCGAUGUUGUCGUGUCCUGUCUCGCUAGCAGGAGUGGGGGCAUAAAGGACUCGUGGCUAAUCGAUUACGAGGCCACGAGAAACUCCCUUCUCGCCGGCCGCAAAUUCGGGGCCUCGCAUUUCGUAUUAUUAUCCGCCAUUUGCGUCCAAAAGCCCCUCCUCGAAUUUCAACGCGCCAAGUUGAAAUUCGAGGCCGAGCUUAUUCGUGAGGCCGAAAAAAGUAAAGGGCUUUUCACUUACAGCAUUGUUAGGCCCACUGCCUUUUUCAAGAGUCUAGCUGGCCAGGUGGAGCUUGUAAAAGAUGGAAAGCCUUAUGUCAUGUUUGGAGACGGAAAAUUGUGCGCUUGCAAGCCUAUUAGCGAGCAAGAUUUGGGCUCGUUUAUUUCGGAUUGCAUUUUGGGGGAGAAUUUUGUGAACAAGAUUCUCCCUGUUGGUGGGCCAGGGAAGGCUAUGACUCCUCUUGAGCAAGGGGAAAUGCUUUUCAGGCUUGCCGGUAGAGAACCAAAGUUCUUGAAAGUGCCGAUUCAGAUAAUGGAAUUUGCGAUUGGGGUUCUUGAUUUGUUGGUGAAGGUUUUUCCUUCUUUGGAGGAUUUGGCUGAGUUUGGGAAGAUAGGGAGGUAUUAUGCGGCGGAGAGCAUGCUGGUAUGGGAUGCGGAGAGGGGGGAAUACGAUGCGGAGGGAACACCGAGUUACGGUGAGGACACGCUGGAGGAGUUUUUUAAGAGGGUGUUGGNUGGUGUUGAACUGGAAAUUGUAAAGUAG